UUACUACAUGAGCACGCUCACCCAACCUGUCUUUUGUCUAAUCUCUCUCCCUGUUUUUAUUCAUUCAAGCAGAUAUUCGCUCCAAAGAGGUCAGAACGAAUCAGAAAAAAUGUAUAAUGGAGGAAAAUGAAAUGUUUGAAGGGAUAGAAGCAUUUUACAUGGUGCAGACAUCGCUAAUUAAGUUAAGACAGUAACAGUCAGUGUGUCCUGUGUCUUCUUCAUACACUAAUACUACCAACAAACUGAAUUCUUGUGCGCCUUAGAAAUUUCAUCAGUCUCUGAUAUUUAAUUCAAGUGUAAAUCGCUGACGCAGUUACAUUAACGUUGUACAUAUAGAAGUAUAUAAAUAUAAGCCGGUGUUAUUUCAAUAAUAUGAAUUAAUUAUUUCGGCAUCAUCAGACAAAACCUUGAUGCUGAUAUCGAUAUUGAUUUCAAAUUGGUAAAUAGAUAACAGAAAAAAAAAUAACACAAGAUAAAGUUCUCGGCCUAAAAUAAUAAAGAUGUCAUCAUCGUGGUCAUUAAGUUUAACGAAAAUGAUCGAGAACGUUGGCGAGGGAAUGUCCUGGUCUUUAGAUAAAAUAUCACAUUUUACCGUAGGACAGGUACUGAUAAAAUUUAUCGACCGGGGUCUUAAUGUUGUCGAAAAAACAGCGCAGUGGAGUUUACCAUACAGUGAAAUUGUUGCCGAGGAAAAUGGAAAAGCAUUCAAAAUAAUGGAGCUGGUUAGACCGUUGCCUUGGAUAUUUUUUCUACCAAGUUUAGUAAUCUUACGUAGCUUCAGAUUAAUGUGGAAUAUUGGAGCUUGGAUUCUUGGAUACCCUCCGAUUCAACCUAGUGAUAUUGUUAAAUGUCUACAAAAAUCAAGAAGACGUUUGCGAGUAAUCAGACUAAAUGGUAGCAAGAGAAUGAGGAAAACGAAUUCUACUUUACGGGACAAAAGUUUACGGAUAAAUGAAGCUAAAAGAAGUUUGUUAAAGUCUAUCCAAAUCGUCUUGUCCAGUUUAUCUUGUCUUGAUGCUGGUAAGAUGAAAUCCUCGCCAUCUACGAGGAUUCGUCUGCAUGAUGAUCAGGAAACUGAACCGACACCGGUUACAGAGCCAUUGAUUGCUAACUUGCAUGGUGAUCCAAAACGCAAGUACUCAGAAGUAAGUUCAGAUUAUUCUCAAUCAUCCGAUGAAUCUGAUGCUGAAUACGAACGUUUUAAAUCUAAACUUAAUCCAAAUUUAUCUGCGUACGGAUCUGAAGAUGAGGAAGACAAAAGCUUCAAAAUUAACGUAGAUGAGAAUGAAAAAUCUGAUGGUUCUGAUGAAGAGAUACCAUCGAAUGACGAAGAAGAAACUCAAAAAGAACUCGAAGAAUUAAUGGGAGAGGACGAAUCGGCAAAGAGUAUCGUAUAUGAUGUGGGAGAUGAUACUGAGCAAAAGUUUAUGGUACAACAUGGUUUCAUGAUAAAAAAAAAAAAAGUAAAUGGAAAUGAAAAUGUAAUUAGCAAAAAUAGUGAUGACUCACAAGAUUAUUAUUCUCCAAAAAGUAUUGAAGAUGGAGAAACGGCCUUUUAUUCACCAUUGAGCUCUAAAAGCUCAAGUCCAGAACCUUCUGUUAACGAUGCUGACAGACAAUUCUUCGGAACAAAAAACAGCAAAACAGCAGUCACCGAAACAAGAAUAACUGAAACAAUAAAAUCAUGCGAACAAAUUGAAGAGAAUAAUAAAAAUAUAACAGCAGAAUCAACUGAUACGCAAAAAAUUAAACCAACUGCCAGUCCUCCAAAACCAAUUCUUAGCCAUGGAAAAAUUUAUCGACAUAAAAGAUCCACUGGAUCUCAGAGUCGUUCUUCAAAUGAACGAGGAAAGAAAAAAUAAUUAAUUUUUCAUCCCGAUAAUUAUUAAUCUUUUCAUUGUUUACAUUAAUCAUAAUUUAUAUGAUUUACAUUUCUUAUUUUUAUAUGUAUAUCAAAUGAUCAUUUAUUUAAUUUACAUUUUUUUUUUCAAUAGAUUUAAUGACAAUAUUCAAUUCUGAAUAAUUCACCAAAUUAAUUAUUUACACAUACAUUUUUUUAAUUCACUAAUUAUAAAGUUAUUUCGAUUUACUAGAGAAUGAAUUUUAAUUAUUUAAAUGUAAGUAAAAGUCGAUAACAUUUUCAAUUUUUUUUCUCAGAUAAUUAACAGAUUGUUAAAAUAAAAAAAAUUAAAACUAGUUUGUAUUUAAAGUAAAAGAAAUUAUGAGUGUGAAUGUAGCAGACGUUAAACAAAUUUAAAAUUAUUAAUAAAUAGAGUAAAUAAUUAAUAAAAUAAAAUUUUUAAAAAUGCGCAUU